ACAUUUUAAGAAAUGCCAACUGUCAACCACUCACAAUAAUACUCCACGCCAACUAUAUUACAAGCGUGGUUGGAUAAGAAGAUCUAUACCACCGACAGAGCCAGCCUCGAAGCAGAGCAGAGAUCGAUGGCCGCGGCUGCGGGGAGCGGCGGCGUGGUGAAGCACCUCGUCCUCGCGCGGUUCAAGGAGGAGGCGACACCGGAGGCGCUGGACCAGCUCAUCCGCCGCUACGCCGGCCUCGUCGACGCCGUCCCCUCCAUGAAGGCAUUCCACUGGGGGACUGAUGUGACCGUACUAGACACGCACGAAGGGUUCACACACGUCUUCGAGUCCACUUUUGAAAAUACUGAGGGAGUCAAGGAGUACAUUGCACACCCAUCACAUGUAGAGUUUGUAGAUGAAUUCUUGGCUUUGGCAGAGAAAAUGCUCAUAAUGGACUAUAAGCCUGCAGCUACCAAUUAGUGGUUUCGGCAAAGUGAGACUCUUGGAGCUUCUGUUCUCACCCUCCGUCACAAUUUAUUUGUUUUUGAUUUUUAUUUUUCACUUGGUAGUCAAAAGUUAUGUAUCCUUGUGCCAAAUAAAUCCAUUGAGAAUGACUA